GACACACGGACGUUCCAUCAAGCAUCGUAACCAUAAUAUACCCGGCUAUUACCUGCACACGAUCCAGACUCAUCCUAAUACACGUGCAUUGCGGGGAAAUUAAUAUCGGCAAGUUGCGAUCUUCGGCAGUGUCGCAGCAUUUCGCGUGGGAAGGCGCAUCGAUCCCGGUGGCGUUAGAAAAUAUGCACCCCUGAUGGAAUAAUUGCUCGCCUGGGAGACCUAUGAGGAGAGGGGCGCAAUAGGAUGCAAUACUGUUCCCUAUACACCCUCCUGUAUCGCAAUAUUGGGCUUGCGCAAUGGAGAAGAUUUUUGGGGAUUUGGUUUCUCCGGGGUGCCUAUAAGAUGCGACGGGAUCGGAGGGCUGCCCUGGCAUUAGCGAUCAACAUUAAACAGAUCUUUCCUCCAGAACCAGCGCGAUCCUGUAUCGCUACUAAAAGCCGCUGCGAUGAUCGUCUCCACGACCGCACUCCUGGGCGCCCUCGCCCUCCUCCUCGCCCUUUCCCAAGCCGCCCCGGCCGGCUCAAAACACACCGUCUACCUCGCGACCUGCGUCCCCGAGGACUGCCCAAUCGGCCUCUGCGACCCCGAAGACUUCAAUCUCAUAGCCGCCGGCUAUUUCCGCAAUGGCCCUCCCACAUCCACCUACACAGCCCCAACGGCCCUCGGCACGCUCUCGGGAUUCUCGUCCUCCUGGGAAGGUACGAAGCGCAGCGUGCGUCUGGGCACCGACGGCACCUUUACGAGCAACAUAAGCGCGGCAGCGAAGACAGCUGCGAAGGGAGAUAUCGCGGGGGAUGGGACGUUGGCUGGCGGAUCACUGAUCGGGGACAGUAGCGAGCCGUUUAUCUGCUUUAAGGAUGGGAGCACAAAGUUCAGGGCCACGCAUGAUCUGGAUGAUUAUACCUGUACGGCAGCGUAUUAUUGUCCGAGUGUUGACGUCGGCACGUCGUAGUG